AUGUGUUUUACCCAAGACAUCUGGGUGUUGCAGAAACCAGCGCAGAUCAUCAUGGACUCUUCAGGGAAGGCUCAGAGGGUGAGGCCAGCUGUGGCACCAGCAGCAGCCCCUGAUGGUGGCUACUCCUGGUUCAUCCUGCUCUCCUGUUUCCAGGUCUUUGGCCUGACAUUUGGGGUCAUUAAGUCCUUUGGUGUAUUCUAUGUUGAGAUACACCAGUACUUUGAAACCACAGCAACAGGAACAUCUUGGAUUACCUCUGUUGCGGUGGCUACCAUUCAUAUUGUAGCUCCUGUAGCUUCGGCUCUGAGUGCUCGCUUCAGCCAUCGCUCUGUAGUGAUAAUUGGAGGACUGAUAUGCACCGUAGGAGUUGUGCUUGGGUCUUUUGCUCGUAACCUGAUUGAGCUCUAUGUAACAGUGGGGUUUCUAAAUGGUUUUGGCUAUGCACUCACGUGGACCCCCACAGUGACCAUGCUGGGCUUGUACUUUGAGAAGAGGCGGCCAGUGGCAAAUGCUCUGGCCAGUGCUGGAGAGUGCAUCUUUACCUUUGUCCUCACACCUCUGUUCCAGCUUUUGAUUGACAGCUACUCCUGGAGGGGCGGUUUGUUAAUCCUGGGGGGUCUCCAGCUUAACCUGUGUAUUUGCGGGAUGCUGCUCAGGCCCCUAAAAGCCACCAGAGACAUGACAUGUGAGGUCAAAGAAGAGGAGGAUGGCUUGUGCCUGGAAUUGCUACCAAAAAAUGAUAUCGAGCAGAGCACAACAAACUGCCUAGAGGCGGGGGAGCUGAGAAUAUCUGAUGGGUCGGAUCAGAGGACAAUUAAAGCAUGUCUUGAGGACCCUGAAGAGAUACUCAAGUCGACCAUAGAAGUACAAGACUCGAGCAACAGGACUAAGAGGGAUGAACUAAGGGCCAAAAUUCUUCGCUACGUAGAUUAUACCCUCAUCACCAAUGCUCAAUUCAUGGUCUACUCAAUGUUUGGCGUGUUUGCUGCACUGGGUUUCUUUGCCCCAGCUCUCUUCCUGGUUCCAUAUGCUCGCAGUAAGGGGAUUGAGGAGUACCAGGCAGCUGCACUCAUGUCCAUCUCUGCAGUGUUGGACCUGUUCGGAAGGGUGUUCUUUGGCUGGGUGGCAAACUUGAGACUGGUGCAGACAGUACAGCAGCUGACAGCUUCAGUGACUCUGCUGGGUACCGUGUUACUCCUCUGCCCACUGGCGUCGUCGUUCCCGGAGCUGGUUGCUUUCAGUGCAGCUUACGGCCUUGCGUAUGGCGCCACAGUAGCCACCCACAUCACUGUGCUGGCUGAGGUUGUGGGCAUCCACAGGCUCGGAAGCGCUCUGGGAUUCUUCAUGCUCAUACGCAGUAGUGGAGGCUUGCUCGGACCACCCAUUGCCGGAUUCUUCAUAGACAAGAUGAGCGAUUACGGAACAGGUUUCCUCAUGGCAGGAGUGGCUCUCAUUGUCUCUGCGAUGUUCCUGCUUCUCCUCCAUCAGAUGAACCGCAGGGGUCAGGCCUCAGCCACCAAGAUGCAUGAUACGCAUACAGACAGGAUGGGACAAAGCAUCAGCGCUGAAGCCAAAGAGCAGGACGUGACAUGA